AUGCAUAAUUUCCUCAAGGAGUUGCCCAAAUGUGAACAUCACCUUCACCUUGAAGGCACAUUAGAGCCAGAUUUACUAUUCAAAAUGGCAAAGAGAAACAAUAUCGAGUUACCCUCCACAUUUCCAUCUACAAUAGAGCAGUGCAAAGAAAAGUACAAUGACUUUUCCGACUUACAAGAUUUCUUGAAUCAUUAUUACGUAGGAAUGAGUGUGUUAAUGACAGAAACCGAUUUUUAUGAUUUGGCAAUGGCCUACUUCGCUAAAGCCAAAACUGACGGAUGUUUGCACUCGGAGGUAUUUUUCGAUCCACAGGGUCACAUUGAGAGGGGCAUUUCUUUGGAUGUUGUUGUUUCAGGAUUCAAUCGCGCUUGUCAAGAUGCAACAUCAACUUUCGGAACUACCAACAAAUUGAUCAUGUGCUUGUUAAGGCAUUUGCCCUGCGAAGACGGGAUCAAGGUGAUUGAGUUAGCUGGAAAGUAUUACCAAGAUGGCACCAUACACGGUUUAGGUUUAGAUUCCAGUGAAAAACCUUUUCCACCAGAUCUUUUUGAAGAAUGCUAUUCAUUCUUGAAGGGAAACUUUCCUCAUGUGCAGUUGACCGCCCAUGCAGGUGAAGAAGGUGACCACACGUUUGUUGAAAGAUCAUUGGAUAAACUCAAGGUAACAAGAAUUGACCAUGGGGUAAACUCCCAACAUUCCGAAUCAUUGUUGCAGCGGUUGAACGAGAAGCAAAUCAUGCUUUCCUUAUGCCCCCUAUCUAAUGUUAAGUUGCAAGUUGUUCAAGAUGUGGGACAUUUACCUAUCGACUUGUUUUUAAAGAAAGGGGUCCCAUUUUCUAUCAACUCUGAUGAUCCCGCCUAUUUCGGUGGUUAUAUAUUGGAUAAUUACGUUGCAGUGCACACUAGAUUUGGAUUUAGUAUGGAACAAUGGAAACAAAUCAGUUUAAAUGGGAUCAAUGGCUCAUGGUGUGACAAUGACCGGAAACAAGAAUUGAGACAAUUGGUGGAAGAAGUUUGUAGAAAGUAUUCCAAGGUAUAA